CGGGAGAGGAUCAUCCGGGAGGAGAAGAGGCGGAUCCUGGCGCCCCUCGGCAGCCUGCCGCCCUCGCCCGCCGCCCGCCUCGCCCCCCGGGCCGCCGCCGCCACCACCGCUACCACCACCACCGGGCCCCGGCCCCAUGGCGGGGGCAAGGCCCGGGCGGCGGGGGGUGCCAAAGCCAAGAGCCACUCGCUGGACUCGCUGCAGAAGCGGCGUGAGGGCAGCUGGGGCAAGACCUCCUCCGAGUCGGGGGCCUCCUCCUCCUACAGCGGGGAGAGCCUGAGGGGCAAAGGGGGCAGCCGGGGCCGGGGGGGAACCGCCACCCUCCCCGCCGGCUCCCUUCUGGGGCGCAGCUUCAGCCUGGGCGACCUCAGCCACUCGCCGCAGACAGCCCAGAAGGUGGAGAGGAUCGUCAAGGAGGUGAAGAGGAAGAAGGGUCUGUCCGAGGUGCCCGAGAGGGACAAGAAGAUCGCGGCGCUGAUGAUCGCCAAGCACCAGGAGGCCAACCUCUUGCGGGAGCAGAGGCAAGCGGCCCACCUGCAGUGGGACAGCCAGCGGCGGCUGGCGGAGCAGAGGAAGGAGCAGGAGGAGAAGGAGAAGCAGAGGGCCCUCCUGCAGGGCCAGCGGAUGUGGGAGAGCCAGGUGGAGAAGCGGCGGGGGAGGCUGAGCCAGGAGCAGGAGGAGGCCACCCUGCUGAAGCAGAGGCAGCGCCUGGUGUGCGAGGAGAGGUGGCGGGAGCAAGCGGAGAAGCAGGAGCGGCUGCGGAGGGAGAAGCUGGAGAGGGCCAUCCAGGAGGACAAGCAGAAGAAGCUCCAUCAAGAGCACAAUCUGAAGGCGAAGGAGGAGGGCAAGAAGGAGCACCGGGAGCGAGAGGAACAGCUCCUGCAGGAGAAGCUGUCCACGGCCGCGCAGAAGAGGCUGAAGAAGGAGGUGCAGCUUCAGAAGGAGAAGAAACUGCUCAACCAAGCGGAGAAGCUGAAGCACGAGGCCUUGCUCAAGGAACUGGCCAAGCAAGAGGCAGAAGAGAAGGAGAUGCUGAAGGCCUCCCUGGAGAUGAGUUUGACCAAGGCUCAGGAGAACUAUGAGCAGCUAGUGGAGAAGAGGAACCAAGAGCUGAGGGAGAAGGCCAGGCGGGAGGACAUGCAGAUCCAGCGAGCCAAACUGGCAGCAGAGAAGAAGGAAAGAGAGCAGAAGGAGCACUUGGAGGCCCUGGCUAGAGAGACAGAGAGAAAGCUCCAGCAUGCUGCCCAGGUAGCUGAGGAAGCUGUCCAAGAAAAGGCCCGCAGGGUGGUCUUGAGCCGUCUGGAGAAGGAGAAAGUGCAGAAGAUGAACAAGCAAAAGGUGGAACAGUACGAGGACUUACGGCGCAGGGAGAUCCUCCUCUCUAUAGAGAGGAAGCUGGAGAGGAGCGAGCAGAUCUUCAAGGAGAAGAAGACUGUCUUAGAAAACGCUAGGUCUGUCGCCCGGGCGUCCUUCCAUGUCCGAGAAAAGGUCCGGGAGGAGACGAACACGCGUACUUUUGACAAGAUGGCCUUGGAAGCAGAACUGCAUGCCCAACUGAAUAAGAAAUGAAACAUCUUGUAAUGAAUGAGUGGGGAUACAUCACCAGUUGUUUUUCAUAAUGCAUCGGAAAGUUCCUCCGCAUUAACAUUUAAAAAACAACAACCACCCUAAAUUCUUAUUUUGGGGGAACAGGGUACCGCACAAAAACGUGGCAGCUAUUUCACAUACUUUUUAAAUAUGUUUUUGUUCUGGGUGUGUUUUAAGGACUGACUUCAGUCAUCUUUACAGAGGGGAAGCAAGCUUUUGUGUCCUCCACCCCACAAGCACACACAUUUUUCUCAGAGGGCUGCAGAAGAAGUCUGCUUGAAGCCUGUGAGGUACCUAUCAAUCGUCUACACUGGAGCUGACCACAGCUGCUCUCUUUUCAGCUGGAAAUGCAGACAACAGAGACUACUGACCACUAGAGCCUACUGACUAAGAACCAAAACCACCCCAGCUGAGCCUGCCUUGAGUGACAGGCAGCUUGGUUUAAGUUACAGGACUGCAUUUUCAAAGCUGCUGCACUCCCACGCCGAAGGUGAGGAGGGCUGGAGUACAGAAUGCCAUUUGCCCCUGGGUGU